AUGGAUCAAGAAGACGGUCAUUAUGGGGGUUCCCACUCCAUGACCAGCCCCUCCAUCAUAGGAGCGGAGGAUGAAGACUUUGAGAAUGAUAUUGAGCCGAAUGUUGAUGACCAAAGCAGCUAUUUCCAGAGCAUUGAACUUGUAAAAGAGCACCCUGCUUAUAUUAUGGUGUUCCUGCAUCAUGUUGUACUACAGUAUGACCCAAGUCCAGUGCUCUGCUACCUGCAUGUGGAGAUCUUGAGAAACCUCACAGCCAAAGAGGGAAAAAAGCUUUUCUUGGAUUUUUACAACACGUUCCUCAUGAAAGGAGCAAUUUUGCGUGUCCCAAGCAGUGUCUCCUUUGAACUGGAUCGGACAAGGCCAGACCUCAUCCAAGAUGACACACUGAAGAAGUAUCUCCAGGAAAUUCAGGCCUACCAGUUUCCAGAGAUUUCCAGACAGCUGGAAGAUUUCAGGGCUAAACGGGUAUUGGGUAUGACUCCCGGGGAGACUGAACUUAAAGAACUGGAGUCUUAUCGGACCAAUGAUAAAUAUAUCCUACAAUCCAAAGAGAAACAGCUGGCAGAGCGCCUACUGGGCAAGCUGGAUGAUAUGCACCCAAGCAUCUCUUCGGACGAGGAGAAAAGUUCUGCUAUUGUUCAUGCCAUCGCCACCUACAUGAAGCACAUCGGGGUGAAGACCAAGGCGGCGGAUAGCAAAAAGCCUAAAAGUGGCUUUUUCCGGAAAAUGGUUUCUGCUAAGAAGCCAGAUGAACCUCCAAAGAGCAAGAAACCGUUCAGCAUCUGGAAUCGCAAUGAAACCCCCCACAAUGUUGAUCCCAGGCCGAAGCUUGAGCCCGAAGUUGACAAACCAGGGACCCAGGAGAGAAGGAUUAGUCAUGGGCAGAAGACCUUUGACAGGAGUGACAGCAGUCUUGCGAAGCCCAAAGCCACCAAUGAGGGUCCAGAGCCUGGUGUAUCUGUCACCAUACAUCCUCCACCUAGUGAUCCCAGUGACAGUGACACAGUGUCUGAUGGAACCUCCUCCUUGGAUGUCACAGAUAUCUCCAAAGGGUCUCCAACCACAGAGCUGUGCCCAACAGACCAACAAGAGGACAGUGCUGAGAAUGACAGUCCUGAGCCUGGAGGGAGUGCGGAGGGUCCGCCGUCCUUUCUGCUUCCCCAGUCUGAGGAGACUGAGCCGCGCGUUUUGGAGAGCGAGAAUGACCCCCCAAACUGGAGGGAUCUCGUCCCCCCUGAAACACUCCUCAGGCUGACGAAAAGCGAAAUCAAGCGGCAAGAGGUCAUCAAUGAACUGUUAUUCACGGAGCAUGCUCAUGUCCGGAUGCUGCGUGUCCUGCAUGACAUCUUCUACCUUCCCAUGCAGAAUACAUGGAUACCCAACAUGGAGCUGGAGAACAUCUUCCCCAGUCUGGAUGACCUCAUAGAGGCUCAUGCCUUGUUCCUGGAAAACUUGAAAAAGCUGCGUCUGGAGAACAAUUCCAUAAUCCAGGAGAUUGGGAACACGUUCCUACAGCGGUUUGAUGGUCCUGAGGGACAGUGGUUUCAGAAGAUAUCUUCAAGGUUCUGUAGCCGACAGCCAUUUGCCCUGGAACAGCUCAAACAGAAGCAGAAGAAAGACCCCAGAUUCACCCAGUUUAUUCAGGAGGCAGAGAGCCAUCCUCAAUGCCGCCGGUUACAGUUGAAGGAUAUUAUCCCGUUUGAGAUGCAGAGACUGACCAAAUACCCCCUACUACUGCAGAACAUCGCAAACCUCACCGAGGAAGAAGGAGAGAAGCAAAGAGUACAGAAGGCGGCUGAGUGUUGUCGGCAGAUCCUGAACCACGUCAAUACAGAAGUCCGAGAGAUGGAGAAUAAGAUGAAACUUACUGAAUUACCAAAGACGUCUUGAUAUGUCAAACUUGAAGCAGAGCAAUGACCCGCUGUUCAAUGAGUUCAAGUACAUAGAUAUCAGCAGGAAAAAUCUCAUCUAUGAGGGAGCACUUACUUGGAGAGUUAGCAAGGACAAGUCAGUAGAUGUUCACGUCUUGCUGUUGGAUGACAUCAUGAUGCUGCUUCAGAAGCAGGAUGAGCGAUUAGUCUUGAAGUGUCAAAGUCGGACACUCACCCCAACGCCUGAUGGGAAGCUGAUGCUGAGUCCAAUCAUUAAGCUGAAUACGGCAAUGGCUAGAGAGGUGGCUACCGAUAACAAGGCCUUCUUUGUCAUAUUCAAGUGGGAGGACAGACCGCAGAUCUAUGAACUGGUGGCCCCCACUACAUCUGAGAAAAACAUCUGUUUUCUCUGGUCAAGCAAAGUACUGGACAAGCAUUUUUUUUUUACAGCUGGUUUUCUCCAGGAGAAAGACCUUCCUAAUAAAUCCGCCGAUGAUCCCUCAGCCCCCUGAGAAUUUAGUGAGAAUGGCGCUUCCCUGAAAGAGUCUGUUACUAAAGAGGAAAAAGAGUCUUUGGAGGAAGCUGGCUUAGGACAGGAAAGUCUUGGGGACCCAACCCUAAUAGAACAUCUCACCCACAACUUGGGAGGAAAUGUAGCCAGUGCAGCUCUGGAAGAGGUGACCGUGCUGAAGAGGUUGCUGGUACGUAACAUUCGCCUUAGCCUAGAUGCGGAGUCAUUCCCAAACUUGGAGAGUUGGUCUGACUUCUCCCGCGAAGAAACCGGAGCAUCUCAAAAUGUUCAGGAUGAAAAGGCCGCCAAUGGAGACCAGGAAGGUGAUCACUCUGUUCCAGAGUCUGAGAGAGAAGGCCCGGGAGAGAACGGUCAAGACCUGGCCUCCAGGGAUAUUGGAGAGUCUCUAUGCGCUCCCAUAGUACUAUCUCAGGAGCAAUCAGAAGAGGUUAGAAGGCAUAUCCUACUACUGGAGGAGAAGGUCCACCAACUUAAAUUGAUAGAAGAGGAUUACCUACACCUGCAGAGGACAGUCACCAAAUUUUCAGUAUCACAAAGUAGUUUUACAUGA